AUUAGAUAGCAUGUUAAUUACCGUGUCAUAUACUAUAGCAGUUGCAGUUGUUCUGUGGUUUGUUUGUUGUUUACUGCUGUAAAAGGGAUGGGGGUUGGGGAGGGAUAUGGGAAUGUGAUGCCAUGUGCUGUGGACAGCUCCACCACAUCUUUAUGCUGUUUGUCUGUAGAAGUUAAAGCCAUUUUGUGAUUAUUUUAACCAUUUUAUGCAAACUAUGUUGCUAGUUUGUUUUCAGUGUUUUCCAGAAUAUGUCGAUAACAGGAUUGUGUUUCACACUUGCUCAUUGGUCACUAAUGCAGUUCCAAUUCAAUAGUUGUUACCAGGAAACCACACCAGACAGCCUUCCAGAAAUGCACAAAAAGCUUAAUCUGACUUAUCUGAGUUUAACAGACCAGUCCUGGGAGGGAGUGAAGAGCCAUGUGCAGAGGUGCUCUAUCACAAUGUCAUAGUGAUUUUACAAACCAUUUCAAGUUCAUUUGGCAUUGAACAAGCAGUAGCCAGAAUAUGAGUAGUCAUAGUACAAUAAGGUCGAAGGACAAUCUGAAAAAGUAAACAAGUAAAGCAUAAGGAUGUUUACUAUGAUAGCCAAGUUUAAACCUUACAUAACCAUUUGGGAAGAUUUUGCAAUAAAUGAAUGAUCUUGGCAUGUUCUAUACGUGGGAGCCAGGAAGUGAACCAGAAAUGUUUGACAUAGGUCAUAUUAAAACUCUGGGGACUGUGACAUCUGCUGGUUGGCUGUUCAAGCGUUUCAGGACAUUGCCUCUGAUGCUCCUGAAGCCAAACCACCUCUCCUAUCCCUGAGCCUGGGAGCAGGUCGGUCUGGAUGUUCGCGAUGGCCAGCUGGGUUGAAUGUCAUCUGACCCUGGAUUGUUCCUCGGGGCAGUACCCUCCCAAUCCACAAGAUGAAGAGUCGCUUGCAAUCGACUGGCUUUGGAAUCACGUCAAGUUCAGGUUGCAAAACGCAAUAAAGGACGGUGAUUAUGCAGCGCUCUCAAUUGUGCCAUUUCUGAGCAGGGUGUACUGCUUUUUCCAGAGCACCAGCAAACUGUUCCUAAGCGAACGGGCCAGUUGGGUCCAGCUCAAAGAGUUCGCUCGCAAAAAUGCUGCCAAUGCCCUGUCUCUUGCCAACAUGGUCAUGGGGAUGGCCUCCAUUCUCAGCAGUCUCAAUGGGCACCAUUAUGCUGCAUGUUGGCUGGUGCUGAUUGGUUACCUGCUGGAUUUGGCAGAUGGCGCGGUUGCUAGGCAACUGAAUGCUUGCUCCACAUUAGGAGCCAAACUGGAUGACUUUGCAGAUUUCACAACAUUUGGAAUAGCGACAUCACUGCUUUUAAGGACUUCCAACAUCCUGGACAAUGUCCUAUGCAUGUGCUACAUGCUCUCUGUGUUUAUUCGGCUUUGUUUCUUCUCCAGCGGCAUUCCUUUCAUGUAUCGUGGCCUGCCGUGCAUCUACUCGUCUGCCAGUCUUGCCUGCCUGUCUCUCCUGACUGGAGGGAACAUGACCGUUCUCCGGCUCACUGCUAUAGCCAUGAUUGUCUUCAUGGGCAGCCAGACUCUUUACCCUCAUGACCGGGUGCUGGAGUCACAGGCCUGGAAAAAGGUGGUCUAUGCUGGAGGUAUUGUUAUGGUCUUCUGCUCUUCAUUCCCUCCUGUCUGUCUGUACUAUCUGCUAUGGUCAGUGUCCUACAUUUUGUUCCCAAUGUCCCUAUGGAGCUGUAAAGUGUAACUGGCUACGAUGUGUUGUCCAAACACUCCGGGCUUGAAGUUAGCCCAUGUGGCCCAACAGAAGCAUCUGCUCUUUGCUGCAUUGGAGUAUCAAAUCCUGUUCAAUCCCUCUGGACAUUGUAUGCUGUAUUUCUUUUUAUUAUUGUUGUUGAUGUGAUGAACUUUGGGUUGCAGUGAUGAAAUCUGCCUGAUCUACAGGACUGAUCAGUUUGUUUAAAGAAAAAAAAAAAAAAAAAAGGCUAACUGCAAAAUACUUUUGUGUUUGGGUGAACUGUGAACCGUGUGUAGCGUUCACAGAGGUUUCAGAUGUGAGUCUGGAAAUGUAUCAAGCGUUCUAUCGCAAAUGCUGUGGGAAGACGGUAUUUUGGUCAAUUUUAUUUAUGAGGGAAAAUAGGUGAGAAUCAUUUGAAGCAAACAAUGUUUUGUAGACAUAUAUGUAUCAUAAUCGGGAUUUUCAUACUGGUGGAUAAAAUAUUUUACUAAAAGGGAAUUAAAAACAGAGCCUAAAGCAUGAGUGUGAAACAAUGUUGACGUAGUCUUCAUAGUAAAACUAAAACUAAACGGUGUUAGAAGGUGUUCUUUUAUUAGUUCACUGACGUUUUAAAAAUAAGAUCAGUUUGAUUCAUUUAAUUCAAAUCAUUUUUACUGCCAGUGCCUAUUGGUCAGCUUUGUAGGCAGCGAUGCAUAAUAGAAGCCACUACGGUAUUAUUAAGGCUAAUGAUCGAAUAACCAUUCUUUUGAUUUCUGGAUUAAUUAUGAUUUAGAAAAUUUUUGCAUUUUAACUAUGAUAGAGACCAAUUUGUGCAGCAAACAAUGUAAAAUCUUUUGCAUUCUGGGAAUUUGAGAUUGUGGUCCUAUGAAAUGAAGAUCCCCCCCCUUCAGAGAUUGCCUAGAGUUUAUUUAAAACUCUUUCUAAACUUAAGCCCAUUUCUCUUGUGUGAUAUCAGCUUAACUUGUUAAGUCUAGCUCUGUUGUCUUAGUAUACCCAUGCUGUGAUAUAACUAUAUGUUUCACUGAUAUUCAUGUUCUGAGCUAUAAAUUCCCAACUAUAUAUAUAUAUAGGAUUAUCAUGAAAACAACAUUAAACACAUACAUCUAACUAUAAAAUGAAUACAAUACAAUACAAUAUUUCUACUAUUCUAAUAUUUUAAUUCUAAUAAUAUAAGAUUAUUAUCGAAUGAAUAAAUAGCAACAUCCUUUAAAUACCGAAAAAACAGCAUAUUAAUUCAAGAUGCUGCUUAUCAAUAAAAUGAUGAUCAAUACUUAAAAUAAAAAGAAAACACAGUGGAUCAGAGUUCAGUCGGCUUAUUUUUCCACCUUGUGGAUUUUUUUUAGUGGAGAAUAGACUGAAUUUUCCAAAUACUGACAUUAUUUUAGUAAUUAGACAAAGCAACUUAAAUUAAAGUCAUGAAUCAAUACUCUAUAUAACAACUAUUAAAUAAAUGUUAGCAAAUAAUAGCAAUACAAAAAAAUAAAAAUAUAUAAUAAUAAUAAUAAUAAUAAUAAUAAUAAUAAUAAUAAUAAUAAUAAUAAUAAUAAUAAUAUAACAUCCUGUGCUGGAUCAAGUGCUAUUCUAUAAGCUGACAAAUAAUGAUGGUGGAAGCCAUAUUGAAACCAAAUUUACGAAACUAGGAAUAUAUAUACACAAUAAUGUUAGUAAUAUACUAGACUCUAUGGUCCUUUGCUUUUAUAUUACAGUAUAUCAUAUUUUAAGUGGCUCUUCGGUCAUUCUUUACUAAUCAGCUUUAAAUGCAAGCUUUCGUGUUUAAAGGUAAAAGUCUAGAUGCAAAAACCCCUGUCUCAGAUGUUGGGGGCCAGAAAACUGACUUGAGCAACUGUGUAACCUUCUCUGAGCAGUUACAUAGCACUUUCCCAGAAUAAAUAUUGGCAUUACAUUUGGAAUAAAGUUACCAGCUUUGAAUACAGCCUUGUAUGUACACUAAACGCUCAAGGAGGAACUCCUGCCUUCCUUCUGUAUUCAGAAAUGUCCAUACACUGUAUUGCACGGAGGGGUUUAGUAUCAGCCAGGUGGAUAUACGACUCCAGCAGUUUAAUGAUCGCAGAAUAAGCCGGGCGGUCCUUAAAAUUCCACAUGCGGCAAUAUUUCAUGAGGUCAAACCUGUGGGAGAAAUGACAAGCUCUUUCAGCAAGCUCACUGGCCACAGUCUCUUGUUCCCUUGCUGUUAUUAGAUCACUAGUAAAAGUACAGAUUUCUGACAUAUGAUUUGACUCACAGAGCUCCUCCACAGUUUGGGGGUCUUUUUAGCUUGUAAGUGGCCAAUGUUUGGAGGAAAGUCUCUGAAGGCUCCAGUUCAGGAAACGGAGGAGCACCUUGUAGAAGAAACAUGAAGGCUCUCAAUAGGACCUGUUUGUUUCUAAAAACAGCUGCUAUUUAUUGAUUUAAUUUCAUUUGCAUUUAAUUUACUAGAUAAUAAAUAAAAUACACCAGUUAUAACAAUGACUGUGAAAUCUAAUGUAUGUAUUGAAUGUAUUUCUUGAUAUAACCUAUAGACUGACAUGAUUUUAAUGUUAAAGAAGAAUAUUUAUUCUAUAUGAUAUCAUAUUGUUAUAAAGGAUUAUAUUUGAAGUCUUUAA